AGGCCCCUGCGUUUACGUCACUAUAAACCAUGGGAGAAACGGCAGGAACAGGUUGAUGAAUUUGAGUUUUUUUUGUUUUGUUGACUGGAUAUCAGUUCACCACGGUGAACCACCGGAUUGACACUGAUCAAGAAGAAAAUAAUGUUCAACGUUAUAUAAAUCGGGAUCCAUGCUCGGUCAGGGACGCGGUCCGUCCAGCUGCUGUUGACGCAUUCGUUUUUGAGAGCAGAUUCUGUGGCAGCGGAUGAUCAGAUCCAAGCAUCGUGCAUUUAUAUAUAUUUUUAUAUAUGUGUUUAUAUAUAGCCAUCCGUAUAUUGUAAGCCCAGGGCUCUCCUUUUAGAAUUAAAGCCAGCCUUCUUGCUGGCUGAUAGAGAUCCUGCCAUGGACGACAAGUCUUUCACCAAGGAGUUGGAUGGAUGGAUCGAACGGCUCAAUGAGUGCAAACAGCUAUCGGAGAACCAAGUCAAAUUCCUCUGCGAAAAGGCUAAGGAGAUCCUGACCAAGGAGUCCAACGUUCAGGAGGUGAGAUGUCCCGUGACGGUGUGCGGGGACGUUCACGGUCAGUUCCAUGACUUGAUGGAGCUCUUCAAGAUCGGAGGCAAGUCUCCAGACACCAACUACCUCUUCAUGGGGGACUACGUGGACCGUGGCUACUACUCCGUGGAAACCGUCUCACUCCUGGUCUCUCUGAAGGUACGGUACCGGGAGCGAAUCACCAUCCUCCGAGGGAACCACGAGAGCCGGCAGAUCACCCAGGUGUACGGCUUCUACGACGAGUGCCUGAGGAAAUACGGGAACGCUAAUGUCUGGAAGUACUUCACAGACCUCUUUGACUAUCUGCCUCUGACUGCGCUGGUCGAUAACCAGAUCUUCUGUCUCCAUGGCGGGCUGUCUCCUUCCAUAGACACACUGGACCACAUCCGAGCGCUGGAUCGCUUGCAGGAAGUUCCUCACGAAGGUCCGAUGUGUGACCUGCUUUGGUCAGACCCAGACGACCGCGGUGGCUGGGGCAUUUCUCCCCGAGGAGCCGGGUACACCUUCGGCCAGGACAUAUCGGAGACCUUCAACCACGCCAAUGGCCUAACUCUGGUCUCCAGAGCCCACCAGCUGGUCAUGGAGGGUUAUAAUUGGUGCCACGACCGCAACGUUGUGACUAUCUUCAGCGCGCCAAACUACUGCUACCGCUGUGGAAACCAAGCCGCAAUUAUGGAACUCGACGACACUCUGAAGUACUCCUUUUUACAGUUUGACCCCGCGCCGCGCCGAGGAGAGCCGCACGUCACCCGCCGUACCCCGGACUACUUCCUGUAGAGAGGACGACGCCUGAAGUAUGUUGUCACAGCCAGUGGAGGUUAAGAUAAGGACUGCCAACGGUGUACUAUGUAGAGGUUCGGAGAGAUGAUUAUUCAUGACCCUAAAGACCGACAUAUUGUGUGCCAUAAUCACAAAAAAUAGCGUAAUAUAUCGCAUCAGCUAUAAACACUACCAUCUUCUUAACUCUGCCCUCUCUGUGCAUGUUUUUAUUGCUAGAAAAGUCGGUGAAACAUGAAUACUUAAAACACCUGCUGGUUUGUCAGGAAGUAUGUAUUUAAAGCAGAUUAUCUAAUUCCAAGACUAUUGCCUAAGUGUAAUUACCCUUUGUGUUCGGAUGUUGAUGUGAUCAUGAUGACGAUGUGAUGCCUAGUUAACACAAAACAGCAUCUUUCAUGAGGCAUGGCCUCAAAGAUUACGCUCUAUUUAAUGUAAAUCUUUGUUGUUGUUUUCUAAACAAAGACGCACAAUUAUUCAUUUUUUGUGAUGUGAGACGGUACAGUAAGAUGUCUGACUUUCAUUUAUCUUUGCAUUAUUUUGUUUGAUUUUGAUCACAUCGCACUGAUGCCAAAUCCCUUAUUCCUGAUGUGAGCUGAAUUGUGCUUCAUGUGUUUACUGGCGUUAAUAUAAAGUUGAUAUGAGUUCUAUAUGCAAUAUCUGUACCAAUGAUAUUCAUGUCAAAUAAAGUUGUUUUGCAGCCCUAACUAUGAUUAAGAAUGCUUUGUC